CAACCGGAAAUUAAUAAAGAAAAAAUAUCGCCGGGGCUUAGCAAACCCCGCGUCAGCGCAGCCCUAUUCGGUGAUCGACCUAAAUUGGAUCGAUACCACAAAGAAGCUUGGCCUAAGGAUCCAAAUCCUGUCCCAACACUAGUGAAAACGGAAGAAAACGGGAGCCUAUCCAAUACCUCCACUCUACUAUAUAAAUUCAAGCUCAAUCGACUCGUUGUACCCACAGCACAACACAACAAACAUUCAUAGUUUCAAUCUCUAGUACUUAGUACAGUCAAGAUGAAGCUCCUCCAACUAUCACCAAUUCUUCAUUUCACUGCCCUCAGCUCGGCGUUGACUCUCCCGUUAAACCGUCGCUUCCCCUGCGAAGAGGAAGAGUCCCACAAUGCUCCCCUCCUUGCAACUCUAGGCGGAAGUGUCUUCGACGUUGACGUAACUGUUGGCGCUGACAACCAGGCCUUUAAGCUGCUCGUCGACACAGGAAGCAGCGACACAUAUAUUAUGCAGGACGGCUUUACUUGUAUCAACGCCACAGAUAAUCAGAUCAUCGCCCCAGAAGACUGCCUGUAUGGCCCAGAAACAUACCAUAUCUCGUCGAGCUAUGAGCAAGUCCCCGACCAAAACUUUGGAAUCGAAUACGGUGCCGGUUUAGCCAGCGGUGUCAUGGCCUACGAGACUAUUACUAUAGCGGAUAUUACCGUGCGUACAAAACUUGCAUUCGCCGACCGCUCUAACCCAAUGGGCGACGGGGUGAACAAUGGGCUCCUCGGCCUGGGCUACCCCAGCUUGACCUCGGCUCAUCCGGGCACUUUCACCCCCAAUGACACCUACUUCUAUAACCGGACUGUGUACAGCCCCGUCGUUAAUUCCAUGUACGAGCAGGGCUUGAUAGAAGAGCCGUACUUCAGCAUCGCACUGGCUCACACCUCACGCGACAGUGCUGAGGCGUUUGGCGGCUACCUCAGUCUGGGCGAGCUCCCCCCAGUGGAACUGACGAGUGAAUUCAGCACCGUUCCUGUGGAAAUUAUGGACAACAUCCCAAUAAACUUUACCUCCAAUAAGCGACAGAUCUCCUACUGGGCUUUCACUACCCCAGCCGUAAAAUACGGACCGGCGGAAGAAGAAGAGGAUGCCCUCGUGGUCGACAACACCCCCUUCCAGCUCUUUAUCGACACAGGAAACGAAUUUUCUAUUCUCCCUACUGCAGUUGUAGACCCGGUUAAUGCACGAUUCGACCCCCCUGCGGUUUACAACGAGGAGCUGAAGGCUUACACUGUUGACUGUGGCGCCAAGCCACCUGUGUUUGGCGUGGUUGUUGGAGACCAGACCUUCUACCAUGCUCCAGAAGAUCUUAUCUACAAUACUGGGAAGGGAUAUUGCGUCUCUACCUUGGUCCCCUCGGAGAAGAAUGGAAUCCCCGGCCUUGUGAUCAAUAUUCUGGGAGUACCCUUCUUCAAGAAUGUUGUUGCUGUGUUCGAUUUUGGAGAAGAUGAGAUGCGGUUUGCUCGGGUCUCAAACGGAUAUUUCCUUUAAUGAGAUUGAGGGUAUGUGUUGUUCAGGAUCGGUAAUGGUUAUGAUGCGCGAAAAGAUCCAUAAUUUGGUUUUGUCGUGUUGUGAUAUAUUUAUGAUAGUUAAAUAGUAAUAUAAUGUGUGGAUGCAAAGAGACAGACACCAAUCGGCAAAUGCUGGCCCCCCAUCUCUCCAUGGAGUGUUCUCAACUCCACCGUCCACAAGAAACUCAUUAAGACAUAACCCCGGGCUGGGUAGUAUUAUUCCA